UGUUUAUUCUGCCCCCAGGAAGCCGUUAAACUUCUGCCAAGAUUACCGUCUCUCUCUCUUUCUUAUUUUUUAUUUUUUUGAUGGGUCCAUGCGGCCUCCAAACCUAACCGAUCGACCAAUCUCCUCUUCCACUAACCAGAGAUUAUUUCUGACAACCCAGGAUAUCCCAAACGCCUGGAGACAUAUGACUCGAAAAUGAAACGACCGGAGAGUGUGGCCACAGCGUUCUUUCAUGUCGCAAGCUACCAGAUGGACGCUCAGUGAAUGGCUCAGGGAUGUGAAUGGUCAGUUUUAAGUAUGAUUUUUCCCUCCCUCUUAGAAUGCUGAAGCAGGCUUGAUUCCCUUCGCUUUUCUUUUGGUAUAAAGAUACUUGCCUCCUCCACCCUUUCCCCAUUCCCUCCAUAAAUCCUUCUGGCAACAUCAAUUAACUCAACUUUGCAGUGGAACGGGCCGAAAAGAAGGAGGAGGACGAGGAGGAGGAGGAGGAGAAAGAAGCGACCUGAGUGGUUUUAGCAAGUGUUGGAGACAACGUCGCAGAGGCCGGGGUGGCUGCGGCGGAGCCCGACCGCCGCCAGUACGGAUCCCAGGGCCGGACACUGCGUUAGCAGCUAUGGGGCGGACGGCGCCCGGGGUGCGCGGAGGUUAAGAGACCCGGCCCCGGGAGGGAAGGUAGGGACCGAGGGUCUGGUGAUCUCGCGGCCGCCUUGGAGGCCUUGGCUGCCUCUCCUCGGCUCCUACGUGUAUUAUCAUCCUUAUCGCCGAUCUUGAAGAAAGUCAUGGAAGACGGCCCGCUGCCGGACCUCAGAGACAUCGAACUGAAGCUGGGGCGCAAAGUACCCGAGAGCCUGGCGCGCUCCCUCCGUGGGGAGGAGCCGGUUCCCAGGGAGAGGGACCGGGACCCCCGCGGGGGCGGCUGCGGCGGAGGCGGCGACGGCUGCGGCAGUAGCAAUAGCAGUAGCAACUGCAGCUUCCCCCCUUCCUCGUCUUCCUCCUCCUCCUCCUCCUCGUCCUCCCCAACCUCUAGCUCCCCACGACGUAGCCACUCCGGCACCUUGGAGAGGCUGGAAACCAAGCUUCACCUCCUUCGCCAAGAGAUGGUUAACCUCAGAGCCACAGAUGUUAGGCUCAUGCGCCAGUUGCUCGUUAUCAAUGAGAGCAUUGAGUCCAUCAAGUGGAUGAUCGAGGAGAAAGCCACCAUUACCAGCCGGGGCAGCAGCCUCAGUGGCAGCCUGUGCAGUUUACUGGAGAGUCAGAGUACCUCUUUACAUGGCAGCUACAACAGCCUACAUGAUGGCAGUGAUGGAAUGGAUGGUAUCUCUGUGGGAAGCUAUCUGGACACUUUGGCAGACGACGUCCCAGGUCAUCAGACUCCAUCAGACUUGGACCAAUUUAGUGACAGCUCUAUAAUAGAGGACUCACAGGCACUAUCAAAGCAUCCCAAAUUGGAUUCUGAGUACUACUGCUUUAGCUAAUGACCCAGGUUUUUUGUUUUUGUUUUCUGCACGGGACUGGUGUGCAAUUGACUUGUAUGCAUUCUUCUUCUCUGCUGCUAUAUUUUUGGUGUGAUUUUUUUUUUAAUGAGGCAACCUUUUUAAAGAAGCUUAUUUUUAAACUGCUUAAUGACAUUUCUGUUGCUCCUAAUAUUGCUCAUCUAGUCUGAUUUAUUUUUCUCUGUCACAUCUUUAUUUUUAUUUAUUUACAAUAAAACGUUCUCCCUUCUCUUACAGUAGCUUAGGCAAAGUGUAGGGGAAAGAAUAAGCAAUAAUGAUGUCUUUGUUUUUGUUUUCAGAGUAAGGGGUCAGGGAUUACAAAGAAAACUUUGCUAAAUUUUACAAUAAACCAAAGUAUGAUAAAUAUUAAUUUUGUUGUUGUGUCUUUAAAUGAUUCAAAAUUU